CCCGUCUCCCUUCUCUAUAUUUAAACUCAUACCCGAGAGAGAGAGAGAGUUAAGGCAAAACAUCUCGCAAAUCAAAAAUGGGAAAGGAUAAAACUUUGCCGUUGCUUCACCCUCGUGAGCCACCGGAAUUCACUGAAACCAAACCGGGGUCAAGAGUAUGGGCCAAAGAGUUCCGCCAAGAGUCAAAGCGGCUCUGGGAGCUAGCCGGACCGGCUAUCUUCACAGCCAUUAGUCAAUACUCUCUCGGUGCACUCACUCAGACUUUCUCUGGCCGUAUCGGCGAACUAGAGCUCGCCGCUGUGUCCGUCGAGAAUUCCGUCAUCUCCGGUCUCGCCUUCGGUGUCAUGUUGGGAAUGGGAAGUGCAUUGGAGACGUUGUGCGGACAAGCGUAUGGAGCGGGGCAGCUUAGGAUGCUUGGGAUAUAUAUGCAACGUUCUUGGGUCAUUCUUUUUACCACUGCUUUAUGUUUGCUUCCUGUCUACAUUUGGGCUCCUCCCAUUCUUUCCUUCUUCGGCGAGGCUCCUCACAUCUCUAAAGCCGCAGGGCAAUUCGCACUGUGGAUGAUUCCACAGCUAUUUGCGUAUUCAGCCAACUUCCCAAUACAGAAGUUCUUACAGUCCCAGGGGAAAGUGCUUGUGAUGGCAUGGAUCUCCGGGGUGGUUCUGAUUAUACACGCAGUCUUUAGCUGGCUAUUCAUCAUACACUUUAAGUGGGGGCUCGUAGGUGCAGCCAUCACCCUCAAUACCUCAUGGUGGCUUGUUGUUAUCGGUCAGCUUUUGUAUAUCUUAAUCAGCAAAUCAGACGGUGCAUGGAGUGGCUUUUCUUGGCUUGCGUUUCGUGAUCUCUACGGAUUUGUUAAACUAUCUUUAGCCUCUGCUGUCAUGCUCUGUUUGGAGUUUUGGUACUUGAUGGUUCUGGUCGUUGUCACGGGUCUUCUUCCUAAUCCGUUGAUACCAGUCGAUGCCAUUUCCAUUUGCAUGAACAUAGAAGGUUGGACAGCAAUGAUUUCAAUCGGGUUUAACGCUGCUAUAAGUGUGAGGGUUUCGAAUGAGCUGGGUGCAGGAAAUGCAUAUCUAGCAAAAUUCGCGGUGAUAGUUGUCUCCAUAACAUCAACCCUUAUUGGGGUUGUAUGCAUGAUUGUUGUCUUAGCGACAAAAGAUAGCUUUCCUCAUCUUUUCACUUCUAGCGAAGCUGUGGCAGCAGAAACCACGAGAAUAGCUGUUUUGUUGGGCUUCACAGUCCUUUUGAACAGCCUCCAGCCUGUCUUGUCAGGUGUUGCUGUUGGAGCUGGGUGGCAGAGUCUAGUGGCAUACGUGAACAUUGCGUGCUAUUACAUUAUUGGACUUCCUGCUGGUCUUGUUCUUGGAUUCACACUAAACCUCGGAGUUCAGGGAAUAUGGGGAGGUAUGGUAGCUGGAAUCUGCUUACAGACACUUAUAUUGAUUGGAAUAAUCUACUACACUAACUGGAACAAAGAGGCUGAGCAAGCCGAGAGUCGGGUUCAGAGAUGGGGAGGAACGGCGCGAGAGUGAUGAACUCUAGUAGGACGAAGAUCAUUGGUUCUGGACUCUUUAUCAAUGUUUAACAAAAUUAUUUAUUCCGACAACAAUAAAUUAUCUCUCAUUCUUCGACUUUUGUUAGAAAUGCAAGAAGUUUGACUUUGUCAUCAUCUUAACUCUUCAUAUUAUCUUCAUUAUUUAGAUGAA